GCACCAUAUGUUCCCCAUACAUUUUCUCUCUCUCCAUUGCUGCACUGUUUGGAUACUGAGAAUCACUGAGCAGUGAAUUCAAAUGGAUUUGUUAUCUCAGCACAUACACAUCUCUAUCGUCUGCAACUGCAAGCUUAAUUGCCUUUAACUGCCGCUAUAAUUGCCCCCCCUUUCUCUCUCAUCAUAUAUCUAUGUUUAUAUGUAUCUCUCUCUCUCUCUCUCUCUUUCUCUCUCUCUAUAUCUAAUUCAUGUUACUCAAAAUCACUCGUCUGAUCCACUUUACUUUGCGUAUCGUUUGGAAUCGGGUGUUCUGUUUCUCACCGAUCUGUUUCCAGCUCGAAAACACCGGAAAUUGGGAGAUUGGUGUGCAUUUUGAAGGCACAUUCACUGCGAUGAGAUUGAUCUUUAGUUUGAUUUGAGUGAUUUGUGUGUUUGUUGUUGAGAUGAAUCCAUUGUGCUGCAUUGCUCCGGUUUCGAUCGAUCGCGAUCGGAACAAUUCGGACGUAGUGAAGCCACAGACUCAGCAGCGUCAGUUAGGGUCAGAGAGUUCUGUGAAGAAUGUGAAUUUUGGUUCCAAACCGAGCUUUUCAACACAAGCAUCGUCAGUUGUUACUGAUUUCGAUGGAUUGAGUGUUGCUGUGGAUCACGAAGUUGAUGAUAUUGUGAUUGAACCGAGAGAUUCGAAGGUUCUUUACGGCAAUGGAGGUGUCAGUAGGAGUGUGGCUGGGAUUUUGUAUAAGUGGGUGAACUAUGGGAAAGGUUGGAGAUCGAGGUGGUUUGUGCUUGAAGAUGGAGUGCUUUCGUAUUAUAAGAUUCAUGGGCCAGAUAAGAUUGUGAUGAGUCCUUCGAGAGAGAAGGGCGUGAAUGUGAUCGGAGAGGAGUCUUUGAGGUAUAUGAAGAAAGCUAAUUGGAGCAGUAAUCGACUUGGUGCUGCUGCGAAGCAGUGGAAACCGUCUGGGGAGAUACAUUUGAAGGUUUCUUCAAUUCGGGCUAGCAAGUCAGAUGACAAAAGGCUGUCCAUAUUCACGGGGACAAAAACUCUUCAUCUGCGUUGUCUAUCUAGAGAGGAUAGAGCUGCAUGGAUUGAGGCUUUGCUAGCUGCUAAAGAUCAGUUCCCCAGACUUUUGACAAACAAUGAUUUAUUACCUUCUGAAGACAUUGUAGUUUCAACUGAGAAGCUGCGAUUACGAUUAUCACAAGAAGGCAUUGGUGAAGGGGUCAUAAAAGACUGUGAGUCUAUUAUGCUGUGCGAACUAUCUGAGCUGCAAAAUCAGUUGAAAGCUCUUCAACAUAAACACAUUGUGCUGCUGGACAGAUUAAGACAGUUAGAGACAGAGAAAAUUGAGUUGGAAACAACUGUAGUGGAUGAGACAAAGGAACGCAAGUCAUUUUGUGUAGACGGGAAUAGAAGAUACAGUGAUUUCUAUUCCAUCAUGUCAGAGGGCAGUCCAAGUGAUUCUGAUGCAGACAAUGAAAGUCGAGAUGGAGUAUUUGUUGACACGGAUGAAGAGGAUGGAAUAUAUUUUGAUACAAAUGAAUUUUUAUCUUCAGAAUCUCUAAGAAGUGCUUCCUAUCGGGGCAGAGAGAACAUGGGUAAUACUUGUAGUCCAUUGAUAUAUGAUAAAGAGUCAUUGUAUUCUGAUUGUUCACAAGACGUUAGUAUGGAGAUAAAGCCAAUUGAAUAUCCAUACAUUAAAAGAAGGGAUAGUUUGCCUGAACCAAAGGAGAGAGACAAGCCAGUUGGGUUAUGGUCAAUAAUCAAAGACAAUAUCGGAAAGGAUCUGUCUGGUGUUUGCCUCCCUGUUUACUUUAAUGAGCCACUAUCUUCGUUGCAGAAAUGCUUUGAAGAUUUGGAGUACUCAUACUUGGUUGACCGGGCAUUGGAAUGGGGAAAGCAGGGGAAUGAUUUGAUGAGAAUUCUAAACAUUGCAGCUUUUGCUGUGUCUGGUUAUGCAUCAACAGAAGGUCGCCAGUGCAAACCCUUCAAUCCUCUCCUAGGGGAAACUUAUGAGGCUGACUAUCCAGAUAAGGGUUUACGUUUCUUCUCUGAGAAGGUGAGUCACCAUCCAAUGGUUGUUGCUUGUCACUGUGAGGGUAGAGGCUGGAAAUUCUGGGCAGAUUCUAAUCUCAAAGGCAAGUUUUGGGGACGUUCUAUUCAGCUUGAUCCUGUGGGGGUCCUGACCCUGCAGUUUGAAGAUGGCGAAACAUUUCAGUGGAGCAAGGUUACUACUUCUAUAUACAAUAUCAUUCUUGGAAAAAUAUACUGUGACCACUAUGGCACCAUGCGCAUCAAGGGCAGUGGCAACUACUCUUGCAAGCUCAAAUUUAAGGAGCAGUCUAUCAUAGACCGAAACCCGCAUCAGGUUCAUGGCUUUGUGCAUGAUAAUAGAACUGGGGAGAAGGUAGCAAUGUUGGUGGGAAAGUGGGAUGAGGCAAUGUACUAUGUGUUAGGUGAUCCGACUACAAAGCCAAAGGGUUAUGAUCCGAUGAUUGAGGCUGUGUUACUGUGGGAAAGAGACAAGUCUGUUACCAAGACAAGAUACAACCUUACACCCUUUGCGAUUUCCUUAAAUGAGUUGACACCUGGCUUACUGGAGAAGCUGCCACCAACCGACUCAAGGCUGAGGCCAGAUCAACGCCAUUUAGAGAAUGGGGAAUAUGAAUUGGCAAAUGCAGAGAAGCUCAGACUUGAACAAUUACAGAGACAGGCGAGGAAGUUGCAGGAAAGAGGGUGGCAACCAAGAUGGUUCUGUAGGGACAAAGAGGAUGGUUGUUACCACUACGUUGGUGGAUACUGGGAAGCUAGAGAGAGAGGGAACUGGGAAGGUUUUGCUGAUAUAUUUGGCCAGAAUACCACCGACUCACCUCCUUGUGUCGUAGAAGAGUAAGCUGUCUAUCUGCGGCCUACUCUUUUUUCUUUUUUUCUUUUUCAGUUGUACUUUUGAUGGACUUCAACACUAUAAGCUGGAGUUAGUGAUAUAGAAGCUGUUUCAUGUGCAAUGUGUAGUUCUAUUCGGCUGCUUUUAAUCUAAUUAGUUCUGUUGGAAUUUUAUCUUGAGAUUUUUUUUAUAAAAAAAAAUUAUUUAUUUUCUUAAAA